AUGACAUCUUUAGCUUCCGCUAAACUAUGCUUCAUGCCUUAUUGCCUUGUCAUCUUGUUUGUUUCAUCACCAAAUUGGGUUGCUUUUCCUUCUGCUACUUCUACUUCUCAUACUGAAGCAAAGGCUCUUCUCAAAUGGAAAGCCAGCUUAUUUCUAAAUCAAGCCCUCAAUAACCUCACCUGGUACGACCCUCCCACUCAUAAUAUUAAUGCCACCAAUUCUUCCAGCACCAAUCCAAAACCAAGAACAAGCCCAUGCACUUGGACUGGUGUUUCAUGCAACGCAGCUGGAAGUGUCAGCAAGCUAAACCUUUCCACUUGUGGUAUUCAAGGUACGCUAUAUGAGUUUUCAUUCUUGUCCUUUCCUAAUCUUGAAUAUCUUAACCUCGGUGUCAACAAACUCUUUGAUGCCAUCCCACCUCAAAUCAAUUACCUCUCCAAACUCCACCAUCUUGAUCUCUCCAAAAAUCAGUUUUCCGGGAGAAUCCCACCAGAAAUCGGUCUCCUGAGAAAUCUUACCUACCUCUAUCUCUAUCGUAAUAAACUUUCUGGUUUGAUUCCUAAGGAGAUAGGAAACUUGAAAUCUCUUGUAGAUCUAGAGUUGUCCCACAACAAUUUAACUGGUCUCAUUCCUCCAAAUAUUGGUAACUUAAUAAACCUAAACACUUUGUACUUGCAUUCCAAUCAACUUUCUGGUUUGAUUCCUAAGGAGGUAGGAAACUUGAAAUCUCUUGUAGAUCUAGAGUUGUCCUACAACAAUUUAAGUGGUCUCAUCCCUCCAAAUAUUGGUAACUUAAUAAACCUAACCACUUUGUACUUGAAUGACAAUCAACUUUCUGGUUUGAUUCCGAAGGAGAUAGGAAACUUGAAAUCUCUUAUAGAUCUAGGGUUGUCCCACAACAAUUUAACUGGUCCCAUUCCUCCAAAUAUUGGUAACUUAAUAAACCUAAACACUUUGUACUUGCAUUCCAAUCAACUUUCUGGUUUGAUUCCUAGGGACAUAGGAAACUUGAAAUCUCUUGUAGAUCUAGAGUUGUCCUACAACAAUUUAAGUGGUCUCAUCCCUCCAAAUAUUGAUCUAGAGUUGUCCAAGAAUCAACUCAACGAUUCAAUUCCAGCCUCUUUUGCCAACUUGAGCAACUUGGAGAUCUUAUUCCUACGUGAUAACCAACUUUCCGGCUCCAUUCCCCAAGAGUUAGGGAACCUCAAGAAUUUGACUCGACUGCACUUGGAUACAAACCAAUUGUCUGGUUAUUUGCCCCCAAAUAUCUGCCAAGGUGGAAAACUCACAAACUUGUCAGUAGGCACAAACUAUUUGACUGGUUCAAUCCCCAAAAGCUUGAAAAAUUGCUCGGGCUUAGUGAGAGUCCGUCUUGACCAAAACCAAUUGACGGGCAAUAUAUCUGAAGACUUCGGUGUUUAUCCGAAUCUUGAUUUUAUGAAUAUAAGCCACAACAACUUGUAUGGAGAAAUCUCACACAACUGGGGACAAUGCCCAAAGCUGAAAACCCUACUAAUGGCAGGAAACAACCUUACUGGCAGCAUACCACCUGAGAUAGGCAACGCAACCCAAAUUCAUGUGUUGGACCUUUCUUCAAAUCAUUUAGUUGGGUUGAUCCCAAAAGAAUUCGGGAAGUUGUCUUUAUUGGUGAAGUUGAUGUUGAAUGGAAAUCAACUUUCGGGUCGUAUAUUGUCGGAAUUCGGAUCAUUGAAUGAUCUUGAAUAUCUUGACUUGUCAACAAAUAAAUUCAGUGACUCAAUUCCGGGCAUUCUAGGUGACAUGCUCAAAUUAUACCAUUUGAAUUUGAGCAACAACAAGUUAUCUCAAGCAAUUCCUUUACAGUUGGAGAAGUUAGUUCAAUUGAACGAACUGGAUUUAAGUCAUAAUUCACUUGGAGGCAGUAUACCAUCAGCAAUGAGCAAUAUGAAGAGUUUGGUGACGCUCAGUCUUUCCCACAACAAUCUUUCGGGUUCCAUACCAUCAAGUUUUGAAGACCUGGGUGGCUUGUCGUACGUUGACAUAUCCUACAAUCACUUAGAAGGUCCCCUUCCCAACAUCAGUGCAUUUCGAGAAGCUCCACCAGAAAGAUUGAAAGGUAACAAGGGAUUGUGCGGCAAAGUUGGAGCUCUGCUGCCACCCUGCAAUGCACUUGGCUCAAAAAAGGACCAAAGGGUCAUAUUCUCUGUUCUAGCUGUAUUUGUACUUCUAUUCGCUCUCUUUACAAUUGUCUUUGUAAUAGUGCAAAGAAAGAAGAACCAUCAAGAUACUAAACAAAACCACAUGCAUGGAGAAAUUUCCUUUUCGGUUUUAAAUUUUGAUGGAAAAUCAAUGUAUGAGGAAAUCAUAAGGGCAACAGAAGAUUUUGAUUCCACAUAUUGCAUUGGGAAGGGAGGACAUGGAAGCGUCUACAGAGUGAAUUUGUCAUCUGGAGAGGUAGUGGCCGUGAAGAAACUCCAUCUGCUAUGGGAUGGCGAGACAGAAUUUCAGAAGGAGUUCUUGAAUGAAGUAAGGGCACUCAGUGAGAUAAGACAUCGGAAUAUUGUGAAGCUCUAUGGUUUCUGCGCACAUAAACGACACUCGUUUUUGGUGUAUGAGUAUCUUGAAAGAGGUAGCUUGGCUGCAAUGUUGAGCAAAGAUGAAGAAGCUAAAGAGUUGGAGUGGAGUAAAAGGGUGAAUAUUGUUAAAGGCUUAGCUCAUGCCUUGUCUUACAUGCACCACGAUUGCUUGCCACCGAUUGUACAUCGUGACAUCUCAAGCAAGAAUAUUUUAUUGGAUUCUGAAUAUAAGGCAUGUGUUUCAGACUUUGGCACUGCUAAGUUUUUAAAUCCAGACUCAACUAAUUGGACUGCCGCUGCAGGCACAUAUGGCUACAUGGCACCAGAGCUUGCUUACACAAUGGAAGUGAAUGAGAAUGCGAUGUUUAUAGCUUUGGUGUGGUCACAUUGGAAAUAA